UCUCUCAUCCAAAGAUGUCGCUGUUCAAAGCGAGAGAUUGGUGGGCCACCUAUGCUGGAAGCGACGAAGAAUUCGAUCUUGGAUGCUUGUGUGUGGCAAAUAUCGACAACAACGGCUUGCAGUUGGAUAAAAUUAUAGUUGGUAGUUUUCAUGGAAUCCUUAGAAUUUAUUGUCCCAAGCCGCCUCAUUUUACACCAGAUGAUCUUAUGUUGGAGGUACAGCUACAACAGCCAAUUUUGCAAGUGGAAGCUGGCAAAUUUGUUUCAGGGGUUGAUCAGUUACACUUAGCUGUUCUUCAUCCAAGAAAACUUGCUGUUUAUAGCGUGUCAGUUGUUUCAGGAGCUGUAGAACAUGGAAAUCACUACACACUUAAGAUGAUGUAUGAACAUAUUUUGGAAAGAACAGCGUAUAAUAUGACAUAUGGCCCUUUUGGAAGUGUCAAAAACAAGGACUUCAUAUGUAUCCAGUCCAUGGAUGGAAUGUUGUCAUUCUUUGAACAAGAGAGUUUUGCCUUUGGGAGAUUUCUCCCAGGUUUUCUUUUACCUGGUCCUCUGAGUUAUGUGCCAAAGACAGAUUCAUUUGUAACCUGUAGCUCAUCAAGGCUAAUUGAAUCUUACAAAUACCAGACUCUUGCUGUGGCAACAGAUGCAAACACAAAAGAAGAUAUUGGAAAUAAAAAAGUUUCAGGAAAGAAGUUAACUAUCGACUGGUCAUCAAAUAUUGGUGAAAGUGCAAUAGACAUAGUUGUUUUCACCAGUGCAAAUGCACCACUAUCAAUUUAUGUUUUAGGUGAACGCUCAUUGUUUUGUCUUAAUGAGAAUGGAUCAGUUAGAUUCAUGAAAAAAUUUGAAUAUAAUCCAAGUUGUUUCAUUCCGUACAAUUCAGUGGUGGAAGGGACAGUUAAUGCUCUGGUAGCCACUUACAACAAGACGCUGAUGAUAUACCAAGACGUUACACUUGCGUGGGCGGCGCAACUACCCCACAUUCCUGUUGCUCUUAAAGUAGCUUCAUUUCAAGAAUUACAAGGUGUAAUAGUGACACUGGACGAAGGAGGUUACCUUCAUUGUGCCUAUCUGGGAACUGAUCCCUCCAUGAUGGUGACACCAGCCCCUGAGGCAAGAGAUAUAAACUAUGAGGAGGCAGAUGUUGAAAUGAAAGAGUUGCAAAAAGAAAUAAGAGAAUCUACAAUUAGUUCAGAAAUUCUACCCAAAGCACAGCAAAGAGAAGACCUUGUUAUCUCUGUAAAUGUACCAACAAGUUUAGACGCAGUAUCGCAAAGUACAAUAGAUGAGGGCGAUGAGGAGACAUUCCCAUCGAUUACAGUAACGAUCACUCUCAAGUCACAAGCACCAAGUCCCCUAGAAAAUGUAGUUCUUAGUGUCAUAUCCAGUCCCCCCAUUAUGUGUAACAGAUCAUCUAUUGUCUUCCCUAUUAUCGGAGACAGAAGUGAACCCGUAUCUGCAGAGAUCUCUUUCUAUUCACGUGGAGGAUCUAUUCCUUGUUCGUUAAAAGCCCAGGUCACGGCAACGUACGUUACAAACUCUGAGGCUCCACGGGUCGCCCAAACAGACAUUCAUUUCCCGUUAGCUGUUGUCUGUAAAGGAUGUCCGCCAGUGAAAAACGCAACUCAUAAGCUUACUUUAGAUACCAACAAACCUCCUGUGAAUCUUGCUGAAAUAUUUCCCGAUAUGGUAAAUGAUGCUGUAAUUCCGAUGGCAGCAGUUGGCAUAAAGUACUUUGGUGGACCGCUUGUUACAAUCCUCGCUUCAAAAACAUCACAAAGAUACAGAAUCCAGUGUGACGUGUUUCAGGGAAUGUGGCUAGUUCUACAUGAGGUUUGCAAGAGGUUAGAGGCGCACUUCAAAAAGAAUAAGGACGCCGUUCAAUUUCGUGCAUCAUUCAUGGGCCCGUUGCCUCUACAGGAAUAUUACGAACUGAUAGAUGCUCAUUUUGAGCAACGCUGUAACCAAACGAAGUACCGCGAGUUGCUAUCACAGCGGGCUCAACAGUUUCGAGCAAUUCAAAGAAGAUUGUUAACAAGGUUCAAAGACAAGACCCCGGCACCACUUGCGAACCUCGACACUCUUCUUGACGGGACUUACAGACAGCUCCUCGCGCUUGGAGAGGCCGAUGAGGAGUGCGAACGAGCCAUCGAAGCAGCUUCAUAUAAUCUAUCAUGCGGAACACGACUUAUUAAUUUCCUUAUCAAGCUUUGGACCAACAUGUCAGAUAAAGAUUUUGAGGUUCUUCAGACUGCGCUUUCUCCCGAAGUAUCUGAAUCACGGGAACAGGGCUGGGAGGAAAUUACAGAUGCUGCAAUUACGCACCUAUUGCGGACCUGUUUGGCAAAAAGUGCAAAGGAUCAGGCUGUUGGUGUUUCAGCCAUGAAGAUUCCUAAAGAUACAAGCAAGCUAAAGAAACACAUUGCACUGAUGUGUGACAGGCUCAAUAAGGGCGGCAAGCUGGAUUUAUCUCUAUCAUCCCAAACGGGCGAACCCCUUGUACAGCAGCAACAACAGAAAGCGGUCACACCGUUAGAACCGCUCAGCGAGAUGCAGGAGGAAGAAGAUGAGACAGAUGGUUCAUCCGCAUCCUCCACGUUAGACAGCGACCGUUCGUCUGAGAUCUCCGACACGGAGUCUGUGUCGAGUGGCGGGAAGGUGCCACCUCGAUUACCGCAACUCAAUCACUCACGGAAACCUCCGCCAGAUUUGAACAAGAGACUACUGGUUACACCCGGAUCUGAUGAAGAAAGUAUGGUGUUGAAAGGAAUUGGUGCUGCGUCCUUGGCGAAUGGUUUACCUGAAGAUCUCGAAAGAGCAUUGUAGCGCAAUCACUGGCCUCUGAUGGUCACACAACGCAUGUUGGUCACUCCUGUUAUUGUCACAGCAAGUCCGCUCCACAACAUGUCACACCAACAUGUAUGAUACACAUGUGGCAAAACACUCUUUGUACAGUCUCCUUGAGUUUGUCACGCAAAAUUAAACAAGAAGCAAUCUAAUGUGGGUGCUUCCUUUAAGUAUUUAAAGAUUUGAUGUACAACCAUUCCGAAUAAUUUUACGUUCAGAAUUACAUGUUUUUAAAGUACAACGUACCCUUUAUCGUUGGAAAACAUCUUUUUGAUAUCCCGUGACUUACCAUUUUUUUUUCUUGAUCUCAUUCGUAUAUGGCCUGCUUAGCAGGCAGGGCUCAAUUUAUCCAGGGGCGAGUGGUGAUGAUGAUGUAAGCCGAGCGUACGCAGCGAAAGUUGAUUCCCAUCAAUAACUGAUUAUUCUUUAAAUAAGCUCAGUAUUUGAUGGUAAUGUAAUGUUUCUGUUAACAAAUAAGUAAAAGAUCACGAUGUAUUUUACUAUCCUAGUCCGAAGAAGCAGGAGAAAAUGAACGGACAACGGUAAAAUCUCCUAAUCUACUGAGGCACUAGGAUGAAUAAUUUUUUAUAGAUAGUCCCUUGAAUGGACACUUGGUGUAUCGCAUGAAGUCUUGACCCGACGGCAAAAAACGGGGCGAUUAUUUUAAAAAAUGGAAACGACAUUGGAAAGGAAGAGAAAUGAUCUUUUUUAGGGAAGAAUUCAAGCGUUCUAUUUGAGAUAGCAAGCAAGUAGAUUUACACUUGACCUAAUGUAUCUUUAAUGGAGUGGACACAUCCCAGGUAACGCCCUAAUUGUUCUCUGUGCCCUCAUUCCUCGUUUUUUCUUGCGUAACGUUAUUUAAUGUAAAGCUUAGACUCCGAAUGGAGGAGUGUACAAUAUUGUAUAUGGACUGAAGAAUCAGUGAUCUGUAAUUUAAA